CUUCAGUUUCUUUGUCUCCUAGCAACCGAGCUCACAGCAAUAAACUGUAAACAGGGUUUGGAAAAAGUGGAACUUCUGCAGAGAAAACCCCAGAAGAUUGGUCCAGAAUGAGUGAACUCCACUUUGACGCCUUCUAUCCCAUGGAUGAUGAGGCCGUGGAGAACUUUUACCUUCUGUUUGUGGAGAACGCCACUCCAAAGGGGGAGGAGGAAGAGGUGGAAGGUCAGGGUAAAGGUCAUCCUGAAGGUCAGACUGUAGGUCAGCGUGAAGGUCAUCCAGAGGUCUUCAGUCCAGACAGAGCAGCUGUGAAAUUAAACAAAGGAGGCUGUGGCCCCGCCCACCCCCCUGCUCCUGAGGGGAAGCUGCAUCCCACUGAGGUCGGCCUUGACGGCGGGAUGUCCAGAUUGAUGCCAGAUGGCGCCGACGACCUGCCCCUCCUCUGUAUCAGGAACGUUGUCUCGAUCGCCGAUCUGGGCUCCAAACUGGACCUUGCACUGAUCAGCCAAACCCUGUGGAACACUGAGCACAAAGCUACGAGGGCCCUAGGCCUGCUGAUGAGGAUCCGGAGACCCAGGACCACGGCCAACAUCUUUCGGUCGGGCAAGAUGAUCUGUACUGGUGCCACCAGCAUGGAGGAGUGCCGCCAAGCAACCAGGAGGCACGCCCGGAUCCUGCAGAAGGCCGGCUUCCCCGUCCGCAUCCUCAACUUCAGAAUCAUCAACUGCGUCUGCACGGUCAAGACUUUCCCCAUGGACCUGGAAGGGCUGGUCCGGAGCGACCCGGAUCACUUCUGGUUUGAACCGGAGUUAUGUACUUCAGCUCUCUACAGGCCGGCUGGCAGCAUCACCGUGACGAUCCACCGCCGGGGCACCAUAGUCCUGAUGGGUAACGCUGGACGCUCGUCUCCUCCACCUCCGUCUUCCUGGUCAACCUGCACCUCUUUACCUGAACAUACAACACAACAUAUUCAAGAUUCUAGACCAAAAUUGAUCUUUUUUGGGGUUUUUCUUUGAUGUCACAGUCAAGUAAGUUAAAUAGGUGAAUACUGGAUCCUGAUUGGCUGCAGGGUGUCCAUUAAAAAGUGAUAUUUGACACCUC